CCCAUUUAACGUAAAGUCCAGCCCCUCGCCACUAUCGCUCAUUUGGAGCAUCCGUUGCAGGCUUUCCGUCGUGAGAGGAGAACGCCUGGCAAUGAGGUUACUUUAGACAGCACUUUCUAUGGUAAUGAGGCGUUAAAGCCGUCCCGCCCACUGCCUUUCAACUUCAAUCCAACGUAACCAACGCACUAGAGCAGGUUGGCAAAGUCAAAGAACAGAACCUGAAGCGCUCCAACCCGGUACCCCCCGAUUAAACCCCGGAGAAAAAAAAGUCAUGGCCUCGAAAUCUGUCAUCAGUGUCGUUAUAGCGGUACUUUUUCUAUGCUCGGGAAUUUGGUGCAGAGAUCAGAUGGGGCGCAAAACGGAGACUUUCCACCGAAAUCAGCAGGAUGAUAGCGAGCUGCGCCAGGUGCGCUCCCGCGCCAGGAGGGACAACACGGGCACCGACCGCAACACCACCCUCUCCACCACCGCUUCCUCCAAGGGCUCUCAAGGUCCCGCCUUCACCUCCUGUCGACGCGCACUAUCCCAAACCGAACAUGAGAUUUUGGAUGACAAUACGCAUGAGACGGGAUUCAAUGGAGAUGAUGGUUCAAGUUUUAUUUUGACCUGGGUGGGUGAUGGAACAGGGGUCAUCCUGGUGUUGUCCACCAUCAGCGCCCCCAUCGACUCCUUCCUGAAGGGGGGGUCGUCCCGCCUCUACCGCAGUAUGGACUAUGGCAAGUCAUUUCGCGAUGUCUCCCACCGGAUAGACCACACGUUCAUCAGGAAGGAAUUUGGUGUCACUACGGGACCGGGCAAUUCUUUUCAUGUGAUCCUGACGGCAGACACCCCGGUGGUGGACAACUCCGGGGGGAUCGUCUUCACGUCCUCAGACGCUGGCGUCACCUUCCGCUCCGUCCGGCUGCCCUUCCACCUGGCUCAGCCAAUCGCCUUCCACUUCCUCAUCCCCGACUACCUGGUGGCCAUCAGCAUCGACGGCGGACUCUGGCUCUCUGUGGACUUUGGGGCGAACUGGAGAAAGGUUCACGAUGGAGCGUACUCCUUCAUGUGGGGUGCUGGCGUGACUCUAUUCUUCAGCUACAGCCCCGUAGGGACAGUGGAGGCGGACAGACGGGGCGAGCUCCUCCUGAAGCGGACUGAAGACCUCGGUAUGACCUUCACCACCAUCGCAGAGGAGAUCUUCUCCUUCGGCUACAUCGGGGGCUUCCUCAUCACCUCGGUGAUGGACGAGCAGUGGUCACCGCGGGUCAUCUACGUCUCCUCAGACCAGGGCAACAGCUUCAACCGGGCGCAGCUGCCCUCUGCCACCACCGAACAGUUCUACUCUAUUCUGGAUGGAGACGAGGUCAUGAUCUUCAUCCAUGUGGACAAUCCAGGAGACACCUACUUCGGGACCAUGUACACGUCGGACGACCGCGGUAUCCUGUACUCGCGGUCCCUGGAGCGCCACCUGUUUGGGGGCCAGCGUAAGAGCGACUUCACCAACAUCACCUCACUCAGGGGGGUGUACCUCACCAACAAGCUGGAGGAGGACGGCCGGAUAAGAACGGUCAUCUCCUUCGACAGAGGAGGCCACUGGAGGCUGAUGGGAAGGCCGGAGAACGCUGCGUGCGGAGACGUACAAAAUUGUAACCUUCACAUCCACGGAGAGCACAGCCGCUACAGUCAAAUCGUUCCCAUGCUGCCGCUAUCAGAGCCGUCUGCCAUUGGUCUGGUCAUCGCCCACGGCGUUGUGGGGGACUCUCUCUCGGCCACCCAGCACCCUGACGUGUUCAUCUCUUCAGACGGGGGGUACCGAUGGCGGGGGGCCCUGGAGGGCCCCCACCACUACCGGAUCCUGGACUCCGGGGCCCUCGUGGUGGCCGUGGAGGCCCAGCACGAGGGCCAAGUCAAGACCAUCAAGUUCUCCACGGACGAGGGCCAGUGCUGGAAGGCGUACAACUUCACCGAGCACCCGCUGUUCUUCGCGGGCCUGACGUCGGAGCCGGGCACCAAGGCCAUGAACAUCAGCGUCUGGGGCUACCGGCCGGAGGACGACGGGCAGCCGAUGUGGGUCGCCGUCACCAUCGACUUCACCAGCAUCCUCAGCCGACAGUGUAACAGCCGGGACUAUGAGGAAUGGUUGGCUCAUUCCAGCCCUGGCGGGGAUCCAGAGACCAAUGGGUGUGUCAUGGGCUACAAGGAGACCUACAGGAGGCUGAAGAAGUCCUCAGUCUGUCGGAAUGGGCGGGACUAUGGCGUUCGGAAGAAGCAAAGCCCCUGCCCGUGUACCAGAGAAGACUACCUAUGUGACUAUGGCUACCUCCGGCGUAACGACAGCUCUGAGUGUGUGAGGCAGCCCAACACUGCAGACCCCAACCCAGAGGUGUGCCUCAACGGAGGGGACGAGGAGAUCCAGACCUUCGGGUACAGGAAGGUCCCUGGUGAUAAGUGUGAGGGGGGCUUCACUCCUCAGCCCAUGUCGGAGAUCAUCCGACCCUGCGGGGACAAGCUAAGCGAGGCCUCGCCAGCCAACCAAUUGUCUCCGGCGACCCAUUUCGACACACCGCGGGAGAAGAUGGUGCUGAUCCUGGUGGUGGCCGGGGCCGGGUUCUUCGUCCUGGUCGCCGUGGUUUCAGCCGCCCUCACAGUGCGGAGGAACAGGAACAGGACCCCCACGUACCGCUUCUCCAACCUGCGGGUUCAGGACGAGGGCCUCACCCCCGACCCCGACGGCACGCCCCGCGGUCACGGAGCGCUGUUCCACCACCACGACUCGGACGACGUUAGUGCCUCCCCUUGUCUGGUCCCCACCGACCUGUGGUCCGCAGGAAAGGGCCCCCAAAAGUAGCUGAAUCGACGAUAAUAUUUACAAUUUGUGGGCAUAUAGACAAUGACUAAUAUAUUAAAACUCAACUGUGUUUGGGAAAUAGCCGUGAGUUAAAGUACACGGAUGAUUUUGUGUAAAUAGUGGUGGUUUUUGCAUUACUGCUAGUUCAACAUUCACUGUUUAUUUAUCCAUUGUUUACCGUUUGUGUCAUGAGAUGGUUCAUGUUCAUACGUUUUGUGUGAUUGCUCUUUACAUCUCCCGAUCUUUGUUUUGUAGGAUCUCUUGAAUCUUGAAUGAGGCAAAAAGGAAGUAUUCCAGAUAUGAAGCUUCGAUAUCGGUUCAUUCCUGCACCAGGGAGGAUUUUGGCCUAUAUUGUAUUUCAUAGAUUUAUUAAAGGUGACAUAUUCUACCACCUGGUGUGAGUAUGAUUAGCCGUAACAAGCCGUUUUCAAAUCUGUCUUUUCUGCCAUCACACGUGGGCUUGUCCACCUAGAUGUGUGCUGGAUAGAUCAGUCUACCAGCCUACUCAGUGGACUGUAGAAACCGUUGCUCAUCUAUCCGUCACACAUCUAGGUGGACACGCCCACUUGUAAUUUCAGAAGAGGCAGACUUUCAAAACGGCUUGUAACGGCUUAUCACAUUCACACCUGGUGGUAUAAUAUGUCAACUUUAAUGCUAUUUUGUGGCUACAUCCAUCUUUUUUAAAUGGUAUGUGUGUAAUAUGUCAUGUGUUUAUUUAUUGGCUGUGUAACUAUUUCGCUGAGGUCACUGUUGUUAUUAAGUUAUUAUGACAUGGUGUUCCCCAUUGACCAAUUCCACAUGUAGCAUCUGUGGAGAACCAUGGUGGGAAAAUCGAGGUGUAUAAUCACAGAGGGAGAUGUUACUGGAACCUUUCUUCGACAUACAAUCACACAGAAGCAUUGUAAUUGUUGGAUUUGUUAUACAUUAUUCUCAAUAAUUCUUAACAAAAGUGAUGUGUGCAGUAAUUCAGUGACAAAGUGCAGGUUUAACAUACUUCGGAUCCUCUAUUUUCGGGUCUGGUUUCUGAUGUGUACAGUAUUUCAAUUUUUUUUAUUUUGCACCCUGUCCACUUUAAACUGUAGGAAGGAAAAACAAUCUGACUUUGCUGAAAGUGUGCAUUCAUAAUUAUAUUGAACAGUUUUGGUUUAUUUGUGUUGUAUUUCUUACAUUUUCCCAAGCAGUUUAAUAUUGUACAUUUCAAUGCUAACAUUUUUUUUAUAUAUAUAUAUAUAUAUAUAUAUAUAUAUAUAUAUAUAUAUAUAUAUAUAUAUAACAUAUCUUUAAAGUAAUCAACCCAUGGGAGCAAAUGGGGAAAUUAUAGAUACCCACUAAAAAGGUGAAGAAAACAUUUGGAAUUCUACAUAUCCUAAUAAUGCUAUCAAAUAAUGUCUAUGCAAAUAUAAAUCCCAGACUUCCAACUUCAACCCAUCUCCUCUACUACAUCAUGCUGCACAGCAAAAAGAAAUGUGUUCCCACUUA